UCACCGCUGCCAGCACCAGCAUGACCGAACGCAUGACCACCACUGAAAUCUUCGAUGGCAUCCGCUUCCCGGGCUUCAUGCACACCUCAGAGUCCCUGAGAGCGGCUUGUUCUCUCCAGUUCCAGGACACGGACAUCCUCUUGGUGACAUUCCCCAAGUCAGGUACCACAUGGAUGCAGCAGAUCCUGAGCCUGAUCUUCUGUGAGGGCGACCUAUGGCCUAUCCACCACCUCCCCAACUGGGCCCGAGUGCCCUGGAUAGAGCAUGUCUCCUUCAGCAGCUUCCUGUCCAAUCUUAACGCUUCCUGGCCUCGCCUGUUCACCUCCCACAUCAAUGCCAGAGGCCUGGCCCCAGCUCUGAUGAAGUCCAAGGCCAGGGUGGUGUACAUGGCACGGAACCCUAAGGACGUUCUGGUUUCCUACUACCACUUUCACAGAAUAGCCGGCUUCCUGCCCAAUCCCGGCUCCUUUGAAGAGUUUGUGGACGAGUUUCUCGAGGGCACAGGUUUCUUCGGCUCCUGGUUUGACCACGUGAAGGGAUGGCUGGGCCUCCAGAAAGACCUGAAUUUGAUUUUUAUCACCUAUGAGGAGCUGAAGCAGGAGCCUCGCCCUACCAUUCAGAAGUUAAGUGAAUUCCUGGGGCGCACACUGGGGCCCAAAGAGGUGGACACCAUACUGGAGCAUUGCAGCUUCUCCUUCAUGAGUGAGAGCAACAUGGUCAACUACAGCCUUUUGGGCAAGGAGAUCAUGGACCAGAGCCAGAGCAAGUUCCUGAGGAAAGGUGUUGUGGGGAGCUGGAAGGAACACUUUACUCCUGAGCUGGAUAAGAGGUUCAACGCUGUAUACCAGUCCGAGAUGGGUGACUCUGGCCUCUGCCUGCCCUGGCACAUGGACUGACCCUUCUGACCGAUUCCCACAGUCCUGCCUCCCUGGCCCCCUGGCCCGCUGGCCCGCUGGCCCAUUGUCCUCCUGGGCUACUCCCUGGUCUAGCAAUAAAAGCUCUGGGCCAUGC